UGUCAUGGAUACUUCUAUAUUGUUUAACUUUCUUCGGAAUAACACUGAUGUCUCUGUUCCUUUUCCAUGGGAACGAGUUCUUGAUAUUCAGAAGGAGCUUGUUUACUACCGCCACUGUGAGUCUGGAUUUGUGAUAUUUGAUUUUAGACCUUUGAUCGAUUUUGGAGAGGGUAUUUGCUUGGAAAACUCUACGGGGUGUAGUUUCAUAGACCAAGAAGUUAUUCACCAAUUGAUAAGUGACAAUCAAGGAUCAAAGGGUCUUUUUCUCUUUCGCACUAGUUGCACCGACAAAACAUUUUAUGCCAUUGUAGAACAAUCAAUAGCUCGAUGCCCAUUGUGCAAAUGUUUAAUUAGCUGGUUUCCUUGAUUUAAUAGUCCAUCCAAUAUGUGGGAAUCAAAGAAAUAUUGUUUGAAAGAGUCGUCAUCAUGUUUUGUUUUUGGUUGUCAUUGUUAGUUUUCUUUUCUUUUUUUCUUUUUUUCUUU